AUGCCUGCAGCCAACAGCUCCAGCCUGAUGCCAGGAUUCUUCAUCUUGAACGGCAUUCCUGGGCUAGACGCUGCACACGUCUGGAUCUCCCUGCCGUUCUGCUUCAUGUAUAUCAUUGCUGUUGUGGGCAACUGCGGGCUUGUCUACCUCAUUGUCCAUGAGGAGACACUGCACAGGCCCAUGUACUACUUCCUAGCCCUACUCUCCUUCACUGAUGCCACCCUGUGCACCACCACUGUGCCCAAGAUGCUGUGCUUAUUCUGGUUCAACCUCAAGGAGAUUGGCUUUAAUGCCUGCCUGGCCCAGAUGUUCUUUGUCCACACGUUGACUGGAAUGGAGUCUGGAGUGCUCAUGCUCAUGGCCCUGGACCGCUACGUGGCCAUCUGCUACCCGCUGCGCUAUGCCACCAUCCUCACGAGCCCUGUGAUUGCCAAGGCUGGUCUUGCCACUUUCUUAAGGAAUGUAGUGCUCAUCUUCCCAUUCACUUUGCUCACCAAAGUGCCCUAUUGUCAUGGAAACCUUAUCCCCCACACCUACUGUGACCACAUUUCUGUGGCCAGGCUAACCUGUGGCUAUGUCAAGGUGAAUGCCAUCUAUGGUCUCACGAUUGCCCUUUUGAUUGGUGGGUUUGACAUGUGCUGCAUCUCUGUGUCUUACACAAUGAUCCUGCGGGCCGUGGUGAGCCUGUCCUCUGCAGAUGCUCGCCACAAAGCCUUCAGCACCUGCACAUCUCACAUCUGUGCUAUCGUCAUCACUUACGUGCCCGCCUUUUUCACUUUCUUCACUCAUUGCUUUGGAGAACAUAAUAUUCCCCACCAGUUGCACAUCAUUGUGGCCAACCUUUAUCUUCUAAUACCUCCUACCAUGAACCCCAUGGUUUAUGGAGUCAAGACCAAGCAGAUUCGGGAAGGUGUAGUCAAAUUUCUACUUGGAGACAUGACUGGGAUUAGCUAA